UAAAGCCAGUGUUUAUUGAAUCGUUAAUGACACAGCUGAGAACAUCCAGCACCAAACCAGCUGUCACUCAAACUCUUUUUUAUUUAAAAGCAAAUUAUUUUUUAAAUCCUGCUAUUAACCAUAUUUAAUCAAAUAAAAGUCAGGUGAUGCCUUUUAGAUUGAACUCAAAGUAUACAUUUAUUCUAGAAAAACUAAAAAAAGGAACUUUUGGAGAAAGACUGGUGAACUGACUUUCAGUUUACCCGCCGCGUGCUCCUCUCUCCUCUCCUCGCUCUGGGAGCGCGCUGUUAACCGCGGGGCUCCUUAUAAAUAAAAUCCACCGUCCCCGGCUCCCCUUCCUUAUUGGUCAGGUGGAGCCAUUACCUCACUGUGUCGGCCGGUGACGCAGCGUCUUCACGUAUCCUUCACGCGCGUCUCUUCUUGUUUCUUCACUGAGAGUCUUGCCGUCGGUCAGAGACGAGCCGAGGAGUGCCGGACGGAGCGGGUGCGCUCGAUACUAAACACUUCCCAUCCCGGGAGGAGAGCGGCGCUCUCUCUCCCCCUCUCGCUCUCUCUCUCUCUCUCUCAUUCUCCGCAUCUUUCCUAUCGCUCUCUAUCGUGCGCACACUUCUCCGCGAGCGUCUCUCUCUUGUCUCCCUCUCUCUCCCGCACACACAGACACGCUCACGCCCGCGCGCGCGCACGCUCUUGCAUACGUCUCCACUUUGCCAUAGUAAAUUACGGCAUUGAUCUCAACGGCGAGCGCGGAUCUGUCUCUCGUGUUCGCCUCCCGUUUCUUUUUUUCUCCCCUUCUCGACGGAGCGACUUGGAGAAAGGCUCGAGAGAGAGAAGUAACUCCUCUGAUCCUGUGUGCGUGUGUCUGUGAGGACCCCUGGUCAUGUCUGCUUAGCUGCCCUGCGUGAUGCCUGAUCAUGACAGCACCACCCUCCUAACAAGACAGACCAAGCGCCGACGUGUUGACAUCGGGGUGAAAAGGACUGUGGGUAGCGCGAUAUUCGCCCGCGCCAGGGACACCCUGAUCGACAGAAUGAACCAAUCCCACGGCCCCGAUCAGGACGGCGACUGCUCGCUGGUCAGUCACAGCCACGGGGCAACCAACGGUGACGGCGAGAAGUCGAACGUUCUGAGAAAGCUGCUGAAGAGGGCGAACUCAUACGAGGACGCCAUAAUGCCUUUCCCUGGGGCUACGAUCAUCUCUCAGCUCUUGAAAAACAACAUGGGGAAGAACGGAGGCAGUGACUCGGGUUUUCAGGGGAGUGGUGCUCUGUCCAGUGGAGGCUCAGAGAUCCAGGCCGAGGACGCCUGCAGCAACUCCUCCCGUGAUCGGGACAGCCCAUCUGACUGCCUCUCUCCUGGGCCUCCUCUGCCCCCUCCAUCUUCCUCCUCCUCCUUCGGGCGGCCACCCCCUCCUACAAGCCUCAACUCCCACGCUCCCUCUCAGCCCCUCUCCCUUUCCUCCUUCGAAUUGGACCGGCUGUCCGACGAGCACCUUCGUGCCAAGCGCGCCCGUGUGGAAAACAUCAUCCGUGGCAUGAGCCACUCUCCGCUGGUCCGACCCAAUGCCGGCGACCACAACCAAGAGAGCAACCGCGAAAAUGAGAACAGCAGCAACAACAGCAACAGCAGUAACGACAACAGAGGCGACGGCAACGGCCACAGCACCGGCAGUCACAGCCGGAGCGACUGCCCCUCUUCUCUGCUGAGCUCGCCUGGCUCGCGGGGUGGCAUGGUUGGAGUCGGCGAGGUCUACAGGGAGAAUAAGAGAAAGCAGCGCCUGCCACAGCAGCAGCACAGCUUCACCCAGCUGGUGUGUUCCAGGCAGGAGCAGAGGCAGGAAGAAAGAAGGCAGCUCAAGCUACAGCUGGAAGACAUGCAGAAACAGCUCCGUCAGCUUCAGGAGAAGUUCUACCAGAUCUACGACUCGGAGACUGAGGAGGAGGAAGACAAUGGCGAGAACGGUGAGCCUGACCGAGGCGGAGAAAGAGAGGAGGACGGCAACUUGUCAGAGGACAGCAUCCGCUCUGACGGCCUGGAGGAGCGGCACAGAGAGAGGGGCCGGCGCGGCCACGACGACCUCUCCGAGCUGGACCCGGGUCUGUUCCUGGACCGGGCACGGGCCCUCCUCCGAGAACAGGCCUUGAUAGAUGGAGAAAUGGAGGAGGAUGUGGACAGCAGGGAGGAUGAGGAGAGGAACGGGGAGAGGGUAAUGAAGAGGAGGGGGGCGGUGGGGGCAGGAGGAGGAGGGGGGAGGCAGUUAGCCGAGACUCUGAAGCAGGAGCUGAACUGUGCCGUGUCGCAGGUUGUCGACACCGUUGUCAAAGGCUUCUCCUCACCCAAACAGGCCAUUAAUCACCAUCAUGGCUGCCACAGCAGCACGCCUGCCGCGCCUUCCUCUUCCUCCAACUCGUCCUCCUCGUGCCCCCCGCCUUUUGGCCCCAUGCCCUCCCUCACCCCUGACUCUCGAUUCGGUGGCGGCGCUUUGGCCCUCAGUCUGAACGGCGAUGGCAGUCCCACUCCUAACUACCACUCUUCCAACCAGAGGCUGCACUGCUUCGGGGACGUGAUUGUCCCUAGCCCGCUGGAUUCGUUCGGCGGGUUGAGCGGCAGACUAAGUGGUGUGCCAACACCCAACGACCAAACAGAAGCACUGCCGCUGGUGGUGCGAAAGAGCGGUGGAGGAGGAGGAGAGAACGCCGAACCCUCUCUUCCCCCUCCCCCUCCUCCUCACCAUCCCUCUCUCCACCCCACUCCCCUCACAGCUUCGCUCGGGUUCAGCCCUCCAUCCUUCCGCCAUCCAUUCCCUCUUCCCCUCAUGGGCUAUCCCUUUCAGAGCCCCCUGGGGUCACACGGGGGUGGAGCCGGGUACCCUCCGGGGCCCAAGGACCACCACCGGUCCUCUCCCGAUUCGAUGGACAUAUCUCGGGAAACCAGCCUCAGAACCAAAAUGGCGUCCCUGGCGGGAGGCCAUCUUAGUCACCAUCACCACAGGCAGAGCUCCCCAAACCAACACGGCCCAGAGGGUCUGUCGCUAUCCCUCAUCAAGUCUGAGUGCGGGGACCUGCAAGACAUGUCUGACAUCUCGCCCUACUCUGGCAGCACCAUUCAAGAGGGCCUGUCUCCGAACCACCUGAAGAAGGCCAAGCUGAUGUUCUUCUACACCCGCUAUCCCUCGUCCAACAUGCUCAAAAUGUUCUUCUCUGACGUCAAGUUCAAUCGAUGCAUCACCUCCCAGCUGAUCAAGUGGUUCAGCAACUUCAGGGAGUUCUACUACAUCCAGAUGGAGAAGUUUGCUCGGCAGGCCAUCAACGAGGGCGUGACCGCUGCCGAGGAGCUGACUGUGGGGCGAGAUGCCGAACUCUUCAGGGCACUCAACAUGCACUACAACAAGGCCAACGACUUUGAGGUUCCUGAUCGAUUCCUGGAGGUGGCCCAGGUGACCCUUCGUGAGUUCUUCAACGCCAUCGUGGCUGGAAAGGAUGCGGACCCAUCCUGGAAGAAGGCCAUCUACAAAGUGAUCUGCAAACUGGACAGCGAGGUUCCUGAGGUCUUCAAAUCCCCCAACUGUCUACAAGAGCUCCUCCAUGACUGACUAGGCCGAGGGAAGAAGCAAAGCAAGCAAGACAGACCUCCGAGGACAGUGAGAAGACUGUAGGAAAAUGCCGCCAAAGGCCCGGAGUUAGACUAGUCGGAGGUCUGUGAUGAAAUGCGAUUGAAGGUUUGUGACGUUCAUAAAGAUAUGCAGACUCUUGAGGCAGUUCUGUUCGGAGGGUGCCAGAGAGCUUCGCUUAUGGUUAUCAUUUGGUCAGCCCGUCUUUUAAAAACAAGAUGAUCUAUGAAGAAAAAAAGCUUUUCCUCUUACAUGAGGUGCCGGGCUGCACCCCAGAGUGCGGUUGUGCUCAAGUUAACAUAUUUUGUCGGGGAAAUGAAAAAGCAAAACGGUGAGAAACAGAAUCGCAUCGAACUGGCAGAGAAGCUCCUCGUCCUUGAAAACCCCCGUCUUCUCUUUUUCCUCCGCCUUGUUUAAACUUUUCCAUCCUCCUCCGGAGGAACAAAGGUGCGAUGAAGAUGACGAUUCGACCUGUGACUUCGAGUCAGGGGGCAGACUAAAAAUUAAAGAAGAUAAUAUAUGAAAAAAAUAUCUUUUUAUUGUGGAUGUUUUUAAGUUACAUGGACAUUUUUGAGAUAAAAAAGUGGUUUGUGUAUUUUUUUUCUUUCCUUUGUAUAAGCUUACAUCCUCUCUUCUACGACCCCUCAGUGACUCACAUGCACACAGAUACACCCCUCAUAGGAAAGCACAGUAGCAUUCCCAAAUCCUCACCUGAAUCCAGGCAAACUGGGCAAAAAACCCACUUAGUUGUUGUUUAUCUGAUUCAUUUCCCCUCCUGUUUUUACUUAAACCUCCUCUUACUGUACUGAGACUUACUGAGUGUCUAUAUUGACUGUGUGGCUCUCUCCCUGCCCCAUCCCUCACCAGCUGCCCCCUUCUCUUCACAUAUCCAGAGCAUCAGAGUUUCAUCAGUACUGGGUUUUUUAGCAGAUGCUAGAAUUGACAGCUGCAAACAUUUCAGAUGAAAAUCCACAGUAACUAAAAGAAAAAGUAAAAAUCUGUUCUCAUGCAUUAAUUCAGCAGCUGCAUUUAGGUCCUAAUGUCAGCAGACUGAAAUGUUGCUGCUUUUUAAAAAUGUUUUAUUUGUUUGUUUGGACCAAUCCUGUAUCUCCAUAUGCUGUUUGCGCAGGCAUUCCUUAAAUUGUCUUCAUUUGAUCUGUACAUGAUCUGUACUGAACAGGCAAAUAAUCAUUUCAGUUCCCUCUGGGGGACAAAUGAUAUAAUGCACGUUUCCUAAUCUGCUGUUACAUACGCACCAACGUCAAAACGAUAAGAUGAGUCACUGUUUUCUUUACAAUACUUAAAAAACGUGGCGCUGAUUCAUGAAACAAAUUCUUGUGAUAUGUUUGAGGCUUGGUUUUGUCCAUGAUGCCCCCCUUAAGGCCUUCACUUUAAACCACUGUGUCACAUUUCUUUUUAAUUAAAAGUGUUGAAGAUGUUCAUAGAUGCAAACAAAACAACGGUAUGUCUCAGAUGGUGCUUUGGCCACAGACUAAUCUUUGGAAAAAAUUGAAAUCUGUGUUACACAAUCAUGAAAAAAUUUUUUUUAAGUAAUCAUUAAAUGUCCUGAUAAGCACCAAACCAGUUCCCCAGGUAUUUCCUCUCUGCUCUGGACAGCUGAGAGGGGGCAGCUGCACCGGCCGGGUCAUGUGUGAAGUGUUUAAGGUUUUAACAGCUGAAGAAAAAAAAAAAAAAACAAAGAAAAAAAAGAAGAAAAAAAAGACACAACAAAAUGCUGAUAUUUGUAGCUUGUAUAGAUGUAAUAAAUACUCUGAUCACUCUGAUAUUGUUAUUAUUUAUAACUGAAAUAAUUAUUCCUAUUAAUGUUAUUCUGAUGAUGAUGAUUAUUAAUGCUUGCUACAGAUUUGACCAGUGGUUUACUCAUUGUUUAUCCAUCAAACUGCAACAUGAAAU